AUGGUCGGAGCAUGGGAACAACUGGUACCAAUGCAACCGAAGUCUGGGGCGAAUGCCCGUGAUGCUCAAGCCAAGAGCCGGGCGUCUCUGGAGAGAUACUUGCACUAUUUUAACCGCUAUGCCAACCAUGAGCAGUCUGCAAGGCUGGAUCACCAACUGUACCUGCGCAUCGAGAAGAAGAUGGAGGAAAUGCAGCGCACGUCCGAUCUUACGUGGAUCGAGGUGCAGUUCCUCAAGAAGGCUGCUGAUACGCUAAGUGAGUGCCGUAUGACGUUGAAAUGGACCUACUGUAUGGUGUACUACCUCGAGCGGAACAAUAUGACGGAGCUAUUCGAGGACAACCAACGCGACCUUGAGCGGGCUGUCGAAGAGCUGUCGGGCCAGCUUGAGAUGCCGAUCGAGCGCGAGACGAUCCCUGCGAUGCGCCAGAAAGUGACUGACUGUACGUUUGUGAACCUGACACUAGUGACGGCUUAUGUACAAAAGCGACGCGAGAUUCUCCUCACGGACACGGUAGCGGGCUACCAGGAGGACCGGUGGAAGUGGAACGUUCCCUUGUCGUAG